AUGCCUCACAUACAGUGUAUAACAGUGCAAUGGUGGAAUCCUCGACAAGGGCGGUUUAAAUGUAAUAGUGAUGGUGGUUCUAAAGGUAAUCCUGGCCCUAGCUCAUUAGCUUUUUGUGUGAGAAACAGUAGAGGGGAAUUUAUUCAUACUAGUUCUAGGGGAAUUGCAAAUACAAUAUGCUUAGUUGCUAAGGCUAAGGCGAUGCAUGAUGGCAUUGCAUAUUGUGUACAACUUCAGCUCCUACCAUUGAUUUUGAAGACUGAUUCACUCAUUUUAAUGAAGGUGGUGGAUAGGGAAUGGGAUGUCCCAUGGAGUAUCAAACUUCCAGCAGUAGCUAGGAGGCUUGUAAACAUUGACAAGAUGCAUUUGCCAAGCCUGAGAUUCAAGACUUUCAUUGCUAGAGAACCUGAUUAA